CGGAGGGGACCCAGGCGUUCGGAAGGGACCCAGGCGUCCGGGAGUGCACCCAGGAGUUCGGGGGGGGGACCGAGGAGUUCGGGGAGGGACCCAGGAGUUCAGGAUGGACCCAGGAGUUCGGGAGGGGGACCCAGGCGUUCAGAGGGGACCCAGGCAUCCGGGUGACCCUCCCCACCCCCCAGGCGGCCGCCCCCCCUCGUCCCCCCCCCAGACGGUGAAGCAGAUGCUGAAAGUGCUGAGGCAGCAACGGAGUGGGGGGGGGAGACCCCCGGGUCUGGCUGCGGCCGCCCCGCCCCCCCUGGCUGGUGCCGCAGGCCCAUCAUCUUCUGCCCCAUGGCCCGGCCCCCCCCCUCUGCCCCCCACCUCUUGUGGGGCGCCCCCUGUGCCCCAUCUUGGCCCUGGGGGGGCCUAUGGGGGGGGACCCCCCAGUUUGGGGGGCUGCCAGGCCCCUUUUGCCCCCCCCGAGCCCACCUGGUCGCAGCCAAUGGCGGCGCCCGAAGGAGACGAGGGGGGCGCUGUGGCGGGUCUGUCCCUUGACCUUGAACUUGACCCCGAGCCCGACCCCGGGGAGCUGGCGGCUGCUCGGGCCGCCAUCCGCGCCAUGGACCCCCGGGAGCUGCUGCGGCAGGACGAGGAGGGGGACACGCUCCUUCACAUCCUGUGCGCGCGGGGGCUGCGCGUUCCCGCCCGGGCGGUCGCCGAGGCCUUCGCCCAAUGGGGGCAGCUGGAGCUGCGCGAGCACCGCGGGAAGACCCCCCUGUUGGUGGCGGCAGCGGCCGCGGCCCCGGGGGUCGUUCGGGACCUAUUGGGUCUGGGGGCCGAUCCCAACGGCACCGACCGGGCCGGGAGGAACGUCCUGCACCUGGCGGCCGAGCUCGGGCUGCCCCGCGUGCUGCAGGCCGUGAUGUCAUCGGGCGUCCCGGUAACCUGGAAUCCCGGAAUUUCGAAGGCCACACCCCCCUGCACUGCGCUGUCCUAUCCCAUAAUGCCUCGGUGCGGGGGGGGGGGCUCCCCCCCCCCGCCCCCCACGAGCGACUUCGCUGCGUCCAGAUCCUGUUGGACAUGGGGGCGGAUUGGGGGAGCCAGGACGUGCGCAGCGGUUGGUCCGUCCUGCACUUGGCCGUGGGGGGUGGGAACUUGACCUUGACCCGGCUGCUCCUGCGCCGGCCCGGCGCCCAUCGGCUCGUCAACGUCACGCUCCGCCUCCUCCUGAGGAGCCGCCCGAGGACACGCCCCCGGAAGUGACGUCAGAGGGCGGGGCCACCCGGCGAUGACAUCAUGUGAUGGCGACACCCCCUAUAAUGGGGGAUGGGGGGCAGGGACCCGGACGCCUGGGUCCCUUAUUCCUGGAGGGGACCCAGGCGUGCGGGUGACCCCCAAAAGGGACCCAGGCGUCCGGGUGACCCCCCCAAUAAGGGACCCAGGCGUCCGGGUGACCCCCAAAAGGGACCCAGGCGUCCGGGUGACCCCCAAAAAGGGACCCAGGCGUCCGGGUGACCCCCCCCAAAAGGACCCAGGCGUCCGGGUGACCCCCCAAUAAUGGACCCAGGCGUCCGGGUGACCCCCCCAAAAGGGACCCAGGCGUCCGGGUGAUCCCCAAUAAGGGACCCAGGCGUCCGGGAGACCCCCCCAAAAGGGACCCAGGCGUCCGGGAGACCCCCCAAAAGGGACCCAGGCGUCCGGGUGAUCCCCAAUAAGGGACCCAGGCGUCCGGGAGACCCCCCCAAAAGGGACCCAGGCGUCCGGGAGACCCCCCAAAAGGGACCCAGGCGUCCGGGUGACCCCUCCAUAUUAAUUUUCCUUAAUUUCUAUGAAAUUGUUCAUUUUGGGAGGGGGUGGGGGGUACCAAAAAGGGGACCCAGGCGUCCGGGAGGGACCCAGGCGUCCGGGAACCCCCUUCCCCCCCGCUCCCCCCCAAAAAAAGGGGACGCUGCCCCUUUAAGAGGCCCAAAUCCUCCCCUCCCCCUCCCUCAUUAACAAUGGGGGUUAAUUGGGGGGGGGGGGUUAAUGGGUCCCCCCCAAAUUGGGGGAGAGAGAAGCCCCAAAAUUGGGGGAUUUUGCCCCAAAAUUGGGGGAUUUUGUGCCCAAAAUGCGGAAUUUUGCCCCAAAUUGGGGAGAUUUGCCCCCAAAUUGGGAUUUUUCACCAAAAAAAUGGGCAUUUUUACCCCCAAUUGGGGGAUUUUGCCCCAAAAUGGGUCGUGACCCCUCCCCCCCCCCCUCCCUGAACUGGGAUCAAACUGGUUUAUACUGGUGGGACUGGGGGAAUAAACGCUGAUUGGCUGGAG